AUGGCGAUUGGAGCGGCAACACUGGAUAAGAUUCAUGGGCAGUCUGCCACCGAAGCAGCGGCUGAAUUGGCUAGUUUCAUCGCCUGGCAUUUACGUUGGGAAAUCUUCAUGGAUGCGGACUUUCGGCCGCCAGCUAAGCUUUGGGUGUUCCAAUCUUUAUUACUGCUUGAAGUUUACGAGAAGCUCUUUUCUACACGCGCAUUACAUGAACGCGCUCAUAUCCAUCACGACACAACACUCACGCUUAUGCGCCGAGGUAGUUCGCUCAUCGGUAGUUCUUCAUUUGCCACCCCGGAAAGCAAAGAAGAAGACGAGUCAUGGUCAACCUGGAUCAAAACCGAAGCGACUCGGCGCGUGGCAUUCGCCGCCUUUGUGUUGGACUCAACACAUGCUACCAUGUUCGGUCACUCGGCCAAAAUGGUGGCCCAUGAACUCCGGCUGCCAUUGCCGUGUGACGAGGCGCUGUGGGCUGCAACAAGCGCCGCCGAGGUCGCUCGCGUGCAAUCCAGUCUGCAGUCGCACGGCGUGCGGCCAAUCAUGUUCCUCGACGGACUCAAGCGCACACUCAAUGGCCAGCCCGUCCGGACCAACGCGUUUGGGCGAAUUAUUAUCAUGUCGGGCUUGCUGAGCGUCUGCUGGCAUCUGAACCAGCGAGACCUUCAGAUUAGCUCGCUCGGUGUGGGCCAGACCCUCGGCGGACGAGACAAGUGGCGGACAGCACUUCUCCGGGCAUUUGAUAACUGGCGCCGCGAUUUCGACGAGGCCCUGGGGCCGUCGACCACAUCCGAGUCGCGCAAUGUGUUGCAUGGGCUGGCCCAUAUGGGGUCCCAUGUCGAUAUAGCCGAUUUGCAGAUCUUCGCAGGUGCGGGCCGGUUAAUGGGCCGGUCUAUCACAGCGCGUGACUAUUCCGCCGCACGAGAAAAGACUGAGAAAUGGGCGACCAAGGCUUCGGCGCGGGAUGCCACAUUCUACGCACUCAAGUUCCUAACUGCGUGUUUCUUGGAUCCGGCCACCCAGCCUGGCGAGUAUGCUGCGCGCGAUGACUACUUGUUAAACCGGCCAUGGGUUAUGUAUUUUGCAGCGCUGGUGGUAUGGACCUAUGGAUUUGCGUUGGAUGGACCCUUGCGUCCUCCCCCUAUUCUCCUGACUGUGGCCGACCGAGAGCGCGACAUGCAGGGGUUUUUGCAUCGUGUGGGCGGAAUCCAGGAACCUAACGAAUUGGAGGCUAUGAGCGGACGCAAUGGGUGUCUCGGUCUGCUUAUGAUUCUCCGAGACUCCUUUGCCAAACCGCGGUGGGAGUUGUUAGGAGAGGCGGCGCGGCUGCUGGACAGCUGCAUUGCAAAGCUGCAGUCGUAG